AUGCUCGAUUCUGCUCCUGCUGAAUCACACAGCGGCUCGACCGCAGGGGCCGACCAGAGUCUAGACACCUCCAAGACAGUCAUUGUAUGGCUGCACCACCUUCUCAAUACCAACAAACGCAAACUUGCACUCUCACCUCCGUCUUCAGUGCCACCCGUGUCUGGGCUCACCAAGCCUGGAUAUCCUGGCUUGCUUGUCUACUCCGGCCCCUCCGUAGCUGUCACAGAGCAUGUCAACACGCUAAAAGCACAGAACUGGCAAGCGUUCCAGGUACGGUAUGAAGAAGCAGAGCUCUGGCACUUUGCACAUGGUGCCGGCGUCAGAGAGAUGGAGACCAUGAGCCAUGUCGUCAAGGGCGUCGAAACAGAAGGAGCCAUUGGGGCAACGCAGAAAGAGGAGCUUCUCAAAGCUAUCGGUAUCAAAUAA